GAUAAACGAACAGUUAAAUUAAGAAGUUUUGAAAAUAGCCUUUCAAUCACCAAGAACUAUGAAUAAUCUAGCUGGAAGCUGCUGAAGAAUUGGCUGAUGAAAGGACAACAACGACCACUAAAAAGAACACACCUUGCAGCAGAUGGAUUCCUCGAUUUCCCAGUGCCUGUGGUAUUGAGCAAGUGCUGCUCAAUGAAAUCAUGCACCAUGCAACGACCGAUACUGCAGAAUUUGAUGAAGAUAAUGAGCUUACUGAAUGCUGCCUUCAAGAUCUUGUCCCCCAUACUCUUCUGCAGACUUGCGCCCCUUGCUACGGAUUUCGUCAGAAGCUACCAAGCUGGAUUUGUUGGGGCGAAAUCCAUGACUGACCAGUUCUUUACUCUACGACCGAUCCUCCAGAAGUGCCGGGAGUGCACCAGAGUACCCCACGAACCACCUGUUCAUCGACUUCAAGACAGCCUACGAUACGGCAUGGCGGUACUGUUUCCCUGCGAAGCUGGUACGGCUAUGGGGGGGCUACUCUGGACGGUGUGCAGUGCAAGGUGAGAGUGUCGAACAUGCUGUCGAAAUCGUUCGUCGGAGGCAAGAGGACGGACUAUCCCGUCUACUGUCGCUCUGGAAGGUGUCAUGUGAAGCGAGCGCUUCAACAGCUGGGGCACAAUUUUCACCCGGUCUCUCUAAUUCCUUGGCUUCGCGGAUGACAUCGACAUCUUCGGACGGACAUCUGCGGCGGUUCGCAAGGCGUACACUGGACUAAAACUUGAGGCCAAUUGGAUUGGAUGGAGGAUCAAUGCGACGAAGACAAAGUACCUGCUUGCCGGAGGCUCUGACCGUGAUACCGUGCACGACUCGAAAGCAAAGUAUUAGUUGACGGCGACGAUCUUGAGGAGUUCUGCUACCUUGGCACGAUCGUUACUUCGCGGACAACAAUGUAAGCAGCGCAAUCUACGGACUCCAUAGACUCCUGAGAUUCAAAAGACUCCUACAGCGCACGAAAUGCGUCAUAUAUCGUACACUGAUAUGGCUGGUAGUCCUUUACGGGCACGAGUCGCCACCUUUGAGCGACGGGUGCUACGGAUUAUCUUGAUCUUGAGAAUGAACCAGAAGGUAGCUGGGCUGUUUGGCGACGCAGACAUCCUGACGGUUGCCAUAGCCGGAAGGAUAAGCU